GGAGACCACACAUUGAAACACCCAUGUCUCAAGUGUCCCGACCGUUCCUGAACGCAACUCUCACUCCAAGAGGCUGGACGCAGAGACCCCGAGACGGAACAAAAAUGGGCUUUUGUUGUGAAUAAAGCCACGUUUUUCGUCCCAAGAAGCGGCGGUGGAUUAAAAAAAAAAGAAGAAAGGAGUUCCUUAAGGACGCAUGUGUGCAGCAGGAACUCAAAGGACUGUUGGUGUAAAAUGGCCCCUGGUGAGAGAACCAGUUCCUCCUAACGUCCAAAGGAGCUCAGCUCGGACUGAAGUGCUGCGAGCCGUAGGCUAGCGGGGCAGGGAUGAUCACCUCCCAUAUGAACGGUUAUGUGCAGGAGGGCUCGGCUCAGGCCGCCAACCACAGGGAGCGGGCUGUGGACUGUCCUGGCGACGACACUUGCCUCGUCAAACUCCCGCACUGCGGCGCCCAAAUGGAGAGGAUUCAGCACUACCAGGAGGAGCUGAGGAAGAGGAGGGACGAGGACGGCGGCCGGGGGAAGCACGACAUCGACCCCAGUGCGUCGCUGAGGCUCAAGAAGCUGUCACAGAACCCCAAAGUGGGCGUUGACAAUCCCACCUUCGAGGGCAAGGAGAAGGCUGCCAAAGACAUUGAUGAGCUGGAGGAGGUCCUGCAGGCUGUGAAGUGGGUGCAACAAUGCCUAACAGACGCUCAGAGCCAGCAGGAUGCAGAGCUGCUACUCCAGCUGCUUGCAAAGGACGACUUCAAGUGCGCCUACAGCAUCUACGCCGUUGUGUCCCAGAAGAUGAACCGAGUGAACCCCACCUCGCCCCUCACAGUGCAAGCACAGGACCUUUGCUUGGAGGUCCAAAAGAUCCUCAAGUCCAGCCAACAGAGGGAAGGCUUGGAGCUAAGAGCUCUACUCACCAAUCCCCAUCUCCAGGCGCUGAUGCAGGCCCACGACAGCUUAGCAGUGCAGGAAAUGGCAGAGGACAAUGUGAUUCAGUAUCUUGGAGAAACCGUUAAAAUGGUGCGGCUGCAGAAGACCAGAGACACCCCACUGGGCGCCACCGUGCGUAACGACAUGGACAGCGUGGUGGUGAGUCGUGUGGUUAAAGGCGGGACGGCGGAACAGAGCGGCCUCCUCAACGAGGGGGACGAGAUACUGGAGAUCAACGGUACAUCAGUUCGCGGGAAGCAUGUCAACGAAGUUCACGACUUACUGCAACAAAUGCACGGCACUUUGACUUUCCUCCUCAUCCCGAGCUCUCAGAUGAAACCUGCCCCGCACAGACAGACUGUGAUGCACGUACGAGCUUACUUUGACUACGACCCCUCCGACGACCCUUUCGUGCCGUGUCGGGAGCUCGGCCUGUCCUUCCAGAAAGGUGAUAUUCUCCACGUCAUCAGCCAGGAUGAUCCCAACUGGUGGCAAGCCUACAGGGACGGAGAUGAGGAAAACCAGUUACUGGCUGGGCUCAUUCCAGGGAAGAACUUCCAGCAACAGAGGGAGACCUUGAAGAAAACGAUACCCGACAAGAAUCAAGAGCCGCAAGGUAAACGUUGGUAUGUGAAGAAAGGCAAGAAACAGAAGAAGAAAAGUGCAUCUACUCUGAGCAAAAAUACUGACGCCGAUGACCUCCUGACCUAUGAGGAGAUGUCGCUCUAUCACCAGCCUGCCAACCGCAAACGCCCCGUCGCUCUGAUAGGUCCUACAAACAGCGGCCAUGACGAGCUGCGUCGGAGGCUUCUCUCCGUCGAGCCGGACAAGUUUGCAGUCGCCGUCCCACACACAACCAGGAGCCCGAGACUACACGAGCGAAAUGGCCGUGAGUACCACUUUGUGAGCAGAAUCGGGUUCGAAGCUGACUUGGCCGCGGGGAAGUUCAUCGAGUCCGGGGAGUACGAGAAGAACUUGUAUGGAACCAGCACAGACUCCGUGCGACAUGUGGUCAACUCGGGACGCAUCUGUGUGCUCUGCCUACACACCAGGUCGCUGAGGUUGCUGAGGUCCUCCAACCUUAAACCUUUCGUCAUCUUCAUCGCGCCUCCUUCUCAGGAACGACUGCGCACCCUGCUGGCCACUGAGGGAAAAUCAGCCAAGCCCGAGGAGCUCAAGGAGGUCACAGAGAAAGCCCGCGAGAUGGAGCAGAGUUUCGGCCCGCUCUUCGAUGCCACCGUCGUGAACAUGGAGCCAAACGAAGCUUUCCUGGAGCUGCGGAGGCUGAUCGAGAAGCUGGACACUGAGCCUCAAUGGGUGCCCACUUCCUGGCUGUGCUAAGUUAGGAAGAACACUCGCUGGUAAAUUUGCACAUUUUCCUCGUUUGUGGAGGAGGUGAACAUGAUGGACUCAGGUUUUCUUACAUUUCUUCUCAUCUCUUUUAUGUCUGUUUUUCCUGCUUUGUCCUGGUGAGUCAUUUUAUGAGACAAAUAGAAUAAUGCCUAUCCUAUUAUUCUUAAUAUUUAUGAUUGUAAAUACAGAUUUUUUUAGACAAUAUUUUACUCCUAAAUGUUGUGUCCCCCAAAAAUGAGCAAUAAUAGUGAAAGCUGCAGUUAUUUCUUACCAUGGUCAGUAUUAUUUUGUUUUUGUGUAAUCCGUGCUGUGUUGACAAGCCUCAAACAAUGUGUGUCUAUAACCAUUAAACAGUAUAUCAUAUUAA